AUGAAGGAUAAGCAAAUUGCUUCUGCUACUUUGUCUGCGUAUCAAAUAUCAAACCUAAUCAAAGUAAUCCUGAUAAAUACGUCAUUGAUUGAAUUAAAGUUUCUUUUAGUCUCCAGUAUUUUCUUAAUUGAAAUGGUUAUUGUCACAGUACUACUAUGUUUCUUUUAUAACUUCAAGAAGGUAAUGGAAGAUAAACCCUGGCUACCAUAUGUUCUGAUCGGUUGUUCCGUUCUGUCCUCGCUUUUAAUAGCGUUUUUUCGUGGUUUGCGAGCGAGAUUUCCAGCUAAUUACAUAAUAUUGUGUCUUAACACACUGCUACUUUGUUUCGCAUUCAUACCGCCCAUACUGAGGAUUGAAAUCACAUAUAUUUUGGUGUCUUAUUUCAUUUCGGGAUUGAUCCUAUACGCCAGUAUACUUUUGGGAACGCGAAUCAAGAAGAAGUUUUUCUACCGUUGGUUUGUGUAUUUACUAAUUAGUUGGUUUGCGGCAUCAUGUAUUGCCUCAGCUACUUUAUACUUUUUGCACUUAGAAGAGGUGCUGUGUCACUUCUUGGGAGCCGUAUUUAUUCCGUUUCUUAUACCGCUCCUUCUGCGUAUUGGACAGUUGUUAGUGUCGGAACAGUCAGAACGCAUGUUUGGUUCUCAUUUUAUAUUAGGUUCACUUGCAUUAACAUUCAUAUUCCUUCUGUUGUUUUUUUCAGUCGCUAUUCAUUUUUGUUCUUGCAAAAAGUCUUCUGAUAAAAAGGAUUCACUUUUCUCACUUUUAUUAUCGGAUAUUAUUCCACUUUUUUAACCACAUUUCCACAUUCAUCUAGUUGUCAAGUGAAUCAUUUAAAAGUUGUAUCGAUAUUUACAAACGUAACAAUUAUACACCGAGAAUUUUGAUGCUUCUGAAAAUAAUUCCUGUAGCUAAACAUAACAGUCGAUUUGUGUUCUUGAUUUCUAUCAGAAUAAUG